UUCCUCAGCCCCAGCCUCGCCUUCAGCUCCCACUUCGACCCCGACGGCACCCCCCUUAGUGAGCUCUCCUGGUCCUCCUCGCUGGCCGUGGUGGCCGUUUCCUUCUCGGGGCUCUUCACCUUCAUCUUCCUCAUGUUGGCCUGUCUGUGCUGCAAGAAGGGGGACAUUGGCUUCAAGGAGUUUGAGAACGCCGAGGGGGACGACUACGUGACAGAGCUGUCGGCCCAGGGCUCGCCUGCCCCCCAGCAUGGCCCCGAGGUUUAUGUCCUGCCCCUCACCAAGGUGUCCCUGCCCAUGGCCAAGCAGCCGGGGCGCUCAGUGCAGCUCCUCAAGUCGGCCGACCUGGGGCGGCAGAGCCUGCUGUACCUGAAGGAGAUCGGGCAUGGCUGGUUCGGCAAGGUGUUCCUGGGGGAGGUGAACUCGGGCAUCAGCAGCACCCAGGUGGUGGUGAAGGAGCUGAAGGCGAGUGCCAGCGUGCAGGACCAGAUGCAGUUCCUGGAAGAAGCGCAGCCCUACAGAGCCCUCCAGCACACCAACCUGCUGCAGUGCCUGGCCCAGUGCGCCGAGGUCACCCCGUACCUGCUGGUGAUGGAGUUCUGCCCGCUGGGUGACUUGAAGGGGUACCUGCGGAGCUGCCGGGGGGCUGAGGCCAUGACCCCGGACCUGCUGACCCUGCAGAGGAUGGCGUGCGAGGUGGCCUGCGGCGUCCUGCACCUGCACAGGAACAACUACAUCCACAGCGACCUGGCCCUGCGGAAUUGCCUCCUCACCGCCGACCUCACGGUGAAGAUCGGGGACUACGGGCUCUCGCACUGCAAGUACAAAGACGACUACUUCGUGACGGCCGACCAGCUGUGGGUGCCGCUGCGCUGGAUCGCGCCCGAGCUCAUCGAUGAGGUGCACGGCAACCUGCUGGUGGUGGACCAGACCAAGGCCAGCAACGUCUGGUCGCUGGGCGUCACCAUCUGGGAGCUGUUUGAGCUGGGCAGCCAGCCCUACGACCACUACUCUGACCGCCAAGUGCUGGCCUACGCCAUCAAGGAGCAGCAGCUGAAGCUGCCCAAGCCCCAGCUGAAGCUGUCGCUGUCGGAGCGCUGGUACGAGGUGAUGCAGUUCUGCUGGCUGCAGCCCGAGCAGCGCCCCACGGCCGAGGAGGUGCACCUGCUGCUGUCCUACCUGUGCGCCAAGGGCGCCACGGAGGCGGAGGAGGACUUCGAGAAGCGCUGGAAUUCCAUGAAGCCCAACGGCAGCGCCAGCGGCAGCCACCACGGUCCUGAGCUCUCGUCCUUCCCGCUGCUGGAGCAGUUCUCCGCCGACGGGUUCCCCUCCGACGGGGACGACAUCCUCACCGUCAUGGAGACCAGCCACGGCCUCAACUUCGAGUACAAGUGGGAGCACACCAAGACCGAGCACUUCCAGGCCCCCCUGGGCUCCCUGAGCCCCAGCAGCGCCGCCCGCUACCACGACCUCUAUUACCCGGCCACGACGGCGGGGCUCAGCCUGGGGGUGUCCCCAUCCUGCUACGAGUGCAAGGCGUCCGGCUGCCCCGGCGUGCCAGCGCCAGGCGUGGUGCCCAUCCUGGGCGCCCACAGCCCCUCGCUGGGCAGCGAGUACUACAUCCGCAUCGAGGGUCCCGGCGAGGGCAGCGCCGAGCUGGACUACGCCAUGUGCAGCUACAGCCCGGCGGGCGAGCGGGGCGCUCUGAGAGCCCCGGCCUGCUGGAGAGCGCAGGGCGGCCGCGGCGGGGGGAACUACGACUCGGAUGGCAGCCCCACCGUGUCCCUGAGCAUGGAGCCGCUGCUGGGCCACGCACCCGCGGCCGAGGGCUCCUGGGAGUGCGCCGAGUACUACCCCUACCCCUGCCCCGGCCAGGAGCCGCGGGACUACGCCGUGGACUACGAGCCGUCCCCCAGCCGCGGGGCCGAGGGGUACCUGCUGCAGGAGGAGCCCCCCCAGCCGGGCAGCCAGGACUGGCCCGUCCCCGCUUUCCAGCCCGGGGUCUUUGCCGACCCUCUGGGCGUCUCGCCGUCGGGGAACUGCGCCUACAGCCCCGCGGGGUACGGGGGAACAGCGGGGCCGAGCGGGGGGGCCCCGCCGGACUGCGUGGCGCCCGGCGCAGACGGAGCCCAGCCCGCCCCGGAGAACAGCGAGGCACCCGCGGAGCCCGGGGCCGACAGCGGCGCCGGUGCCGCCGGCGACGCCGAGCGGACACCGGACAAGACCUUCUCCAGCAGCAGCUUCCCCAGCGUGGACGAGGGCAGCGACGAGGACACGGCCGAGCUGACCUCCGGCGUCUUCACCGACUUCUCCGGGGAAUACGCGGAGCGGGCGGAGGCGGCGCCGGCGCUCAGGUCCCUGCAGAAGCAGGUGGGCACGCCGGACUCGCUGGAGUCGCUGGACAUCCCCUCCACCGGCAGCUCCUGCGAGGUGCUCAGCCCCGGAGCCUUCGCGCCCGCCGGCCAAGCCCGCGCCCUCGACAGCGGCUACGACACCGAGAACAACGAGUCCCCCGAGUUCGUCCUGAAGGAGCCCCACGAGCCCCGAGAGCCCGAGGCCUUCGGCCAGCUGGCGAAGCCGCCCCCGGGGCUGCCGGGGGGCGAGGGCGAAGCUGCGGCCCCUGAAACGCGGCUGCCCGGUGCAGAGCUGCCCGGCCUGGCCGAGAAGAGCCCCUAUCGCGACUCUGCCUAUUUCUCCGACUGCGACGCCGAGGCCGAGCGCGGGCACAAGGACGAGGGGGACAGCGAUGGGUCGCGCACCCCGGAGGCGGAGGAGGGUCCCCGCUCCCCUGCGCAGGACAUGGGGCGAGGAGAGGACCCGCUGCACCCGCCGGGGGCACCCGGCAGCCCCCCGGCAGCGCCCGGCGUGGCGGCGGCGGUGGCUUUGGAGGGGAACUGGGUGGGGACAGAGGCCGGGAGCUCACCGGAGCAGGCACCUGGCACCGAGCAGAGCCCCGCUGGCACGGGGCUGGUGCCGGGCAGCCCCCCGCGCCCUGACACAGACACCUGUCCCCCGGGCUCUGUGACCCCCAAGACUUUCCUCUUGACCCCGGUGCCAGUGAGCCCUGGGGAGCCAUCAGCCGUUGGAGGGACCUGCGUGCCCGAGGGCGUCCCUGGACUUGGGGGAGCCGCAGUGGGGGACAAACAGACUGUGACCCCCGCGCCUGGGGAUCUGGGGCUGCCCCCGGAGGGGACUGGGGCGGGCGAUGCGCCGGGGGGUCCCAGCACGCUGCUACCUGCGGGCGAGUCACCGCCGGGGCUCUCGCCACCGCCGGCCGCCCCCGAGCGCCGCGAGGAGCCCGAGGAGGAGGAGGAGGACACGGAAGACAGCGAUGAGUCGGAUGAGGAGCUGCGCUGCUACAACAUCCAGGAGCAGAGCGAGGAGAGCGAGGAGGAGCCGGCGGCCGUGCCCAUCGUGGUGGCCGAGAGCCAGAGCGGCCGGAACCUGCGCAGCCUCCUCAAGAUGCCCAGCCUGCUGUCCGAGUCCUUCUGCGAGGACCUGGAGCGCAAGAAAAAGGCCGUCUCCUUCUACGACGACGUGACCAUCUACCUCUUCGACCAGGAAAGCCCCACGCGGGAGCUGGCUGAGCAGAGCUUCCCGGAGCCCACCCUGCCUUCGGGGCAGCCCCCCUCGCCUUCGGGGCAGCCCCGCGGUGGCUUCGAGUGGGACGAUGACUUCCCACUGGUGCCGGUGAAGCCGUCGCUGGUGGCCUCGCUGCCGGGGACACCAGCGGAGCCCCCCGCGGCCGUGCCCGCCCUGGUGCCAGCGCAGAAACAGGUGCUGCCCAUCCAGUUCUCCCGGUUCACGGUCUCACCUGCCCCGGUGUCCCGGUUCUCCAUCACCCACGUCUCCGACUCGGACAUGGACUCCAUAGGAGGCAGCAGCGAAGACGGUGACCGGGAGUGA